UUUUCUGGUCAUUCGCGGUCCGAGCAGCCGAGGUGAGUUGUCGCUCCGCCCUUGACUCCCUGACCAAGACCGAGAUCUCAGCCUUCCCACAUAUCUCCCCGCUGACACCUAACUCAUCCCGUAAAGGCGUAAAGAUGACGCCGCGCGGGGCCGAGACGAUCACAGCAUGGGCGGUGGUGGCUCUGACUUCAGCCGUGGUUUUGGCGGCCGGGGCAGAAUCCUCAGGCUGGCGCUACCCGCAGUACAUCGUGGAGCCCCGUGUCAGGUGUGAGGGCGAGGGCGUCUUCCAGCACCCUAGGGCCUGCAACUGGUACUACAGGUGUGUGAGCCGCAUGGUGCCCGGCUACUACCACACCUACUACUUCAUGUGCGAACCGGGCACAGUGUUCGCGCCGCAGCUCGCCCAGUGUGUGCACGGCAACCCCGCCCACUGCGCACCCGCCACGCCGCCCACACCUACCUCUUCACAACCCAUCACGCCGCCCUCAUCCGCCUCGACACAACCCACCACCGAUACGCCUGUCCCCAUCACCAGUCCACCUGCCCCGAUCACUAGUCCAUUUGUACCCAUCACCAGUCCACCUGUACCUGUCACCAGUCCACCUGCCCCCAUCACCAGUCCAUCUGCCCCGAUCACUAGUCCACUUGUACCUAUCACCAGUCCACCUGUACCUGUCACCAGUCCACCUGAUCCCAUCACCAGUCCAUCUGUACCCAUCACAAGUCUACCUACCCUGAUCACCACACUAUUACCAGUUUCCACCACCACAGAACUCGACACUACAACAGACACCACCACCAUCACCACAGAGCUUGAUAGCACGACCAUCACCACCACUACCACAGAUGCUGACUCCACAUUCAUCACCUCUACUAUCUCAACAACAGACUUUGACACCACCAUCACCACCACAGAGAUUGACACCACCACCACCACAGAUAUUGACACCACCACCACAGAGAUUGACACCACCACUACCGCAGAGAUUGACACCACAAUUCCCACCACAGACUUUGACACCACCAAUAUUGACACCACCACCACCACCACCACAGAUAUAGGCACCACCUCAAUCACCACAGAAGUUUAUACUACAACAAGUACUGAUAUCACUAUUGACGCCACCACAAUCACUACCAUAGAAGGUGACACUACCGCUACCACCACUGCAACCACCACGGAUGGUGACACCACUGCAACCACCACGGAUGGUGACACCACUGCAACCACCACGGAUGGUGACACCACUGCAGCCACCACGGAUGGUGACACCACCGCAACCACCACGGAUGGUGACACCACUGCAACCACCACGGAUGGUGACACCACUGCAACCACCACGGAUGGUGACACCACUGCAACCACCACGGAUGGUGACACCACUGCAACCACCACGGAUGGUGACACCACCGCAACCACCACGGAUGGUGACACCACUGCAACCACCACGGAUGGUGACACCACUGCAACCACCACGGAUGGUGACACCACUGCAACCACCACGGAUGGUGACACCACUGCAACCACCACGGAUGGUGACACCAUUGCAACCGCCACGGAUGGUGACACCACUCCAACCACCACGGAUGGUGACACCACUGCAACCACCGCGGAUGGUGACGCUACUCCAACCACCACGGAUGGUGACACCACUGCAACCACCACGGAUGGUGACACCACUGCAACCACCACGGAUGGUGACGCUACUCCAACCACCACGGAUGGUGACACCACUGCAACCACCACGGAUGGUGACGCUACUGCAACCACCACGGAUGGUGACACCACUGCAACCACCACGGAUGGUGACACCACUGCAACCACCACGGAUGGUGACGCUACUCCAACCACCACGGAUGGUGACACCACUGCAACCACCACGGAUGGUGACGCUACUCCAACCACCACGGAUGGUGACACCACUCCAACCACCACGGAUGGUGACACCACUGCAACCACCACGGAUGGUGACACCACUGCAACCACCACGGAUGCUGAUACCACUGCAACCACCACGGAUGGUGACGCUACUCCAACCACCACGGAUGGUGACACCACUGCAACCACCACGGAUGGUGACACCACUGCAACCACCACGGAUGGUGACGCUACUCCAACCACCACGGAUGGUGACACCACUGCAACCACCACGGAUGGUGACACCACUGCAACCACCACGGAUGGUGACACCACUGCAACCACCACGGAUGGUGACACCACUGCAACCGCCACGGAUGGUGACACCACUGCAACCGCCACGGAUGGUGACACCACUGCAACCACCACGGAUGGUGACACCACUGCAACCACCACGGAUGGUGACACCACUGCAACCACCACGGAUGGUGAUACCACUGCAACCGCCACGGAUGGUGACACCACUGCAACCACCACGGAUGGUGACACCACUGCAACCACCACGGAUGGUGACACCACUGCAACCGCCACGGAUAGUGACACCACUGCAACCACCACGGAUGGUGACACCACCCCAACCACCACGGAUGGUGACACCACUGCAACCGCCACGGAUGGUGACACCACUGCAACCACCACGGUUGGUGACACCACUACAACCACCACGGAUGGUGACACCACUGCAACCACCACGGAUGGUGACACCACUGCAACCACCACGGAUGGUGAUAUUACUAUCACCAUGCACCCAGAUACUCCCACCACUACUGCAGCCACCAUCACCACCACACUAGACGGUGACACUGCAAUCACCACUAUAUCGGAGGGUGACACCACUAUCAUCACCUCAGACAGUGGGACCACCACCAUCACAGAUGGUGACACCACCAUCGCCACCACCACCACUCCAGAUGGUGAUGUAACCACACAUGGUGACACAACCGCAGUCACCACAGGCAGUGACAAUGUUGCCACGGACAAAGAUCCCACUACUUCUACUACAGAUGCAGACAUCACCACCACGGAUACUGACACUACCACCACCAUCACCACCACAGACUCGGACGCUACCACGGAUACUGACAGUACCACCACCAUCACCACCACAGACUCAGACACCACCGUCACAGAGACAGACACCACCACCAUCACCACCGGUGCGGGGCAGGACACCGAGGCCUGUGUGUCCCUGGAGGGGUGCGAGGAGGUGAGCGUGUGCCGACCGUCGCCACUCAACCUGACCCUGUGCCGCCAGUGUAACACUUCCACCUCCAUCAGCCAGUGCCCCGGGAACCAACGCUACUCCUGGGACACGCACCUGUGUGUUGACCCUCCCGCGGCCUCAGACCUGUGCUCCGGGAACGAGAUGGUGGUGAGUUUCAGGUACGACGUCUCCUGCUCUGAGAACGACACGACGCCUCCUGAAGCCUGGAUCAUCGCCCAGUACUGCGAGACAUACUACUACUGCUUCAGCGGACAGUUCCUCGGACAAAGGAGGCUGUGCACAAAUUACUUCAAGUGCUACAAGGAAGGAGACGAUUGGCGGAUUGAAAGACUCUCCUGCAGCGAAAGGCAAAUGUGGAAUUACGAGGAUAAGACUUGUGUGCCGAAGCCUUCAGAGCGAUAUUUAUGCCGAGCACAAGCCACAAACAGACUCCGCAAACAACACCACAGGAGGAGGCCAAAGCUUGACAUCCGCGCCAGGAACACUUAAAAGGACAUGCUGUGUGUAAGUGUGUAAGUGUGUAAGUGUUGCUGGUGUGAGUGUAGCGGUUUCAUGUACGUCUGUUUGUCACACGCACAUGUAAACCUUUGUGAAGACUCGAAAGUGCACACAAGGAGAUGAUGAUGACGAUAUUGUUAUUGUUGUUAUUGUUGUUGUUGUUGUUGCUAUUGUUAUUGUUAUUUGGGAGGCAUUAUGGGUGGAGCUCUCUCUCUCUCUUUCUCUAUUUAUG